AUGAAGUGGGGGCUUAGAAGUAGACACCACCAAGGAGAAAAGCAGCAGCAAACACAAGAGGAAGAGCACGAGCAACAAGCCAGCAACGUCAAGAGCAAGAGCAAGGCGGCCUUCCUGUCCUUCUCACCGCUCGCGUGGCUCACGAAGCUCACGGCCAAGAACAAUGCCGCUGCCGCUAAGUCGAAGCCUACCGCGUCCGCUAACAAGAGCAGCGUCGCCGCCGGCACCGGCGGUUUCCCUUCUUGCUUCCACAAGGGUGCGAUCACGAGCACGAGCACAAGCGUGAGCUCGAGCGCGGCGUCGCAGAGCAGCCUGGCGGAUUCCUCGCCCGCUGGCGCUGAGGCGCCGCGCCGCCUCUCAGUCGGCAACGACGACACCACCGAGGCUGCCACCGCGCGGCAGCUGUACCACCGUCGUCGCCAUUACUCGGUCGGCGGCGAUCGAGAUCUCCAGACACUCCGCAACCUCAUCCCGUUCUCCCGGACCGCUUCUCUGCUCCCGACGCCUGCGCCGUUCCCUUCGCUGAAGACAAUGCCGCCGCCGCCGCCGCCGUCCGACACGGACGAGGAGAAGCGACCGCGGAGAAGCCGGCGCCGGCACCGGCACCGCAGCGGUGGGCGGCGGUCGUUCUCCGGGAGGACUCCGGGCGCGCGCGUGGCUGCCGCCGUAGUACGCGUGCGGUCCCCGCGGCGAGUGGCGUCGGCCGCGGCGGCGGUGUCGGAGCUGGAGAGGUUCGCGGUGGUGCGCCGGACGAGCGACCCUCAGCGGGAGUUCCGCGCGUCGAUGGUGGAGAUGAUCGCGAGCAAGCGCAUCGGGCGGCCGGAGGAGCUGGAGACACUCCUGGCGUGCUACCUGUCGCUCAACGCCGACGAGCACCACGACUGCAUCGUCAAGGUGUUCCGGCAGGUCUGGUUCGAGCUCAACCCUGCCCGCGGCGCCGCCUCCGCCCCGGCGCCACGCAGCUGA